CGAGGUUGGCCGAGUGCAGCAUGUGUUCGCGCCGAAGUGGGGAGCGCCCCGGAGCGGCGCAGAUGGACGUGAAGAUAUUGGAUGUGGCGGCGGAGGGCGGCUACGGGCGGGUGUUCCGGUGCCUCGACGUCCACACGGGCGCCCUCGUGGCCAUGAAGCAGAUCACGAUGGUCAGGUUGAGCCAGGGCAUUCCGGCGCAGAUCAUCCGGGAAGUGUCGCUCCUCAGAGAGCUCCACCACGCCAACAUCGUGAAGCUGCUCAGGGUAGGGUUCACAGAGAACAGGUACGUCAACCUCGUCUUCGAGCAUCUCGAUUACGACCUUCAUCAGUUCAUUGUCAACCGAGGUUACCCCAAGGAUGCCACCACUGUGAAGAGUUUCAUGUUCCAGAUACUCUCUGCUGUGGCUUACUGUCACUCGCGGAAGGUUCUGCACAGAGAUUUGAAACCAAGCAAUGUACUGAUCAAUCAUUCCAAAAGGUUGAUCAAACUAGCAGAUUUCGGUUUGGCUAGAGAGUUUGCAGAUGACUUUUUAUAUACUGAGAAGUUAGGAACUUCCUGGUAUAGGGCACCUGAAAUAUUGUGCCACUCCAGACAAUAUUCAACUCAAGUUGAUUUGUGGUCUGUUGGCUGCAUAUUUGCUGAGAUGGUAAUUGGACAACCUUUAUUCCAAGUUAUUAAUUGCCGGGAUGAAUUGGAGGGGAUUUUCAAAUUGUUAGGUACCCCCACAGAGGAAACAUGGCCAGGAAUCACUAAAUUAAUGCCUAACCUUCAUAUCUACUGCUCCAAAUUUGAUCCAUUGGGCCUGGAAACAUUUGUUACUGAUCUGGAACCAAGUGGCCUGAAUCUACUAUCAAUGAUGCUAUGCUUGGACCCAAGUAAAAGGAUUUCUGCGGAAGCUUCUCUAAAGCAUGCUUACUUUACAGAUGUGAAUUGGAUUUAGGAAGCAGAGUCAGUGGAGCAGUCAUCGAGAUGCAUUCCCAUUCCAUGGUUUUUCAUUUAGAUUUAGGAAGCAAAGUCAGUGGAGCAGCCAUCGAGAUGCAUUCCCAUUCCAUGAUUUUACAUUUGAAUCUUGGAGAGAGUUCUAAGGAGAGAUUUGCCUUUUCUAUUUUGGUCGUUCCCAGAUUUGUUUUUUGGGGUCAGUAUGGAUUCUUAAAUAGUGCUAGGCAUUAGACUUACUAUCUAGACAACGAUAUAUUAUAGGAUUUUUGUUCAGGCGAUAUAAAACUUGUACAAGAAGCAUAGGUAAAGAUGACUUCACAGACUUUUGUUUUCUUUGCUGCAAUCGAUUGUAUAUGUGAUCCCAAUUUUUCAUGAGAAUGGUAUUACAAUUUUAUAUUUGUA